AAAUAAACGAACACAGCUCUGACGUGUCAAGUUGUCUAAAAAAGAAGAAAAGGAAAGGAAAGUGUGGUGCCUCAACUCCGUCACGCGCCAUACUGAACAUAACACCCGCCGGAUUCACUGCAGCCGUAGCGCCGGCCGCCGGAACCAUCGUCCAGUCAACAAGUCCGAACGAUUUUCCUGGUCACCGACCCUAAGCGAUUCUGCGGCGUCCCGUUGAACGGACGCGUGAAGAUGUCGACCCUCAUCGCCAUCCGAGAUGCGUCGCAGAACGGCAACGGUGGCGAUUACUCUCCCGCCAAGGCGAAAGCGUCGAAUCGCGGCGGCCGCUCGCCUCUUCUUCGCAGGCUUCGCCUGCUUCUUGGCAGCGCCAAGUACAAGCUCCUCCUUCUGUUAUGCUUCUUCACUUCCCUCUGUUUUCUCAGCUCGAAGUUGUCGUCUUUUAUGGGGUGGAACCCUCAUUAUGCUUCUUCCGUUUAUUCACCCUCGAGGGGUGGAUACACAGUUCUUAUCAACACUUGGAAGAGAAAUUCUCUACUUAAGCAGUCUGUUGCUCAUUAUGCCUCCUGCCAAGGGACUGAUGCUAUACAUGUGGUUUGGAGUGAAAAUGAUCUGCCUUCGUCCAAGCUUAGAGAAUACUUGAUGCAGGUGGUGCGGAAGAAGUCACAGACAGUUCACAAGCCCAACUUUAGGUUUGACUUAAACGAGGAAGAUAACCUGAAUAAUCGAUUCAAACCAAUUGAGGAUCUCAGGACUGAUGCUAUAUUCUCAGUGGAUGAUGAUGUUAUCAUUCCUUGUCGAACUUUGGAUUUUGCAUUCACUGUAUGGCAAACUGCUCCACUUACAAUGGUGGGUUUUGUUCCCCGUGUGCAUUGGCUGGAUGGGGAGAGAAGUGGUCAGGCCCAUUAUGAAUAUGGAGGAUGGUGGUCAGUUUGGUGGACCGGCACUUACAGUAUGGUUCUUUCAAAAGCUGCUUUCUUCCACAAGAAGUAUUUGGAUUUGUACACCAACAAGAUGCCACCAUCAGUUCACGAUUAUAUAAGCAGAGCAAGGAACUGUGAAGACAUAGCAAUGUCUCUUCUAGUGGCUAAUGCCAGCAGGGCUCCUCCAAUCUGGGUUAAAGGGAAGAUAUAUGAGAUUGGUUGGUCGGGGAUAAGCAGUGUGAAGGGGCACAGUGACAAGAGAAAGAAAUGCCUCAACGAUUUCGUUUCAUUGUAUGGAACAAUGCCGUUGGUAUCGACCAAUGUCAAAGCUGAGGAUGCAAGACAUAAAUGGUCUUGGUAAUUUUGGUCUUCAUCACUUAAUAGUGAGAUAAGAGGUAGGGGCGACACCCAUGUCUUUUUCGGGGCUGCAUUUUGUGUGUAGUUAUAGUUCGACCCUACCUAACCGCCCUCACCGACGCAUUUUUGAGCCGUUGCCACCACCCCCUUUGUCUCUCUGUCUCUCCAAACACAUUAACUAUUGCUGUUUAGGCCUUUCUUUAUAUAGUUUACUUCUUUAAUUUCAUUUACUUGGAUUUUACAUAGUUGCUUUCUGUCAUUAUUUGUAAAAGUUCGAAUAGAUAACAAGAAAAUAAUCAAUACAUAGUGUUUAUAUACUUUUCUACA